AUGAGUGGGACAAGUUCUUCACUUGGCCGUCAGUCGAGGCAGUCCCAGGACUCCCCAGGGCGUUCCACGCCCCAACCACCGUUAUGUCCAGUGCCCGUACCAACUGUUAGCCAGGCCUCGAACCAAUUACCAUCUCCCAUCGAAACCCAGGAGCCAACCCCGUCGGUCUCCGCCCCCACUGGUCGUAGGGUGGAAGAAGGCUUUAGCAACGCUGCGGCCUCAAUAGCAAACAACGUACGCCAGACGGUGGAGUACCGCGCGGCGUGGGAUCUGGAGCUGUGGCGUGCCAUUCAGGCAUCCAAGCUUCGGCAGCAGCUGGAAACACAAAAAAAGAAGGCGCUGACGGAGUUGUCACGUUUGGUUAAAACAAGGGAGCAGCAGGCGGUAGCGGGUCUCGAAAUGCGGGAGCAGGAGGUUUCCCGCCGGGAGCAGCGAUUGGCUGAGGAGGAGAAGCAAAUGGAGCGGCGGAAGUGGCGCCUCGUUGAGAUGGAGAAGGAUGUCCGGCUCCUGCGGCAACAGUUAGUGGACGCUCGUCGGCGUGCAGGAACGGACGCGAAGGUGGAGGUGCGACGUGCUAAAGAGGACGCAGAUCACGCUAUUGAGUUGCAAGAACAGCGCGUGCAAGCUGCAGAGGCACAGGCAAAACGCGCGGAUGAGCGCUUACAGCAGGCGCAGAGGGACUACUUAGCACUUUCGGAGGAGUUCCACCGCUUUCGGACCCGCGAACUCACAUCCCCACCUGAGAAACUCAGCACCGUCGAGGCGCGAAUGCGGUCAGAGUUUGUGAUGGAACAGCAAAACCUUCAGGAUAGGCUAGAGCGACGGCAUCAGGAGAGGUUGCAGCAGGUAGAAGACCGUUGCAGCAGGCUUCAGGAAGAGAACAGUAGACUCACUGAAUUGUCUAUUAGACGAAAGGAACAGCUGCGGCGGAGUGCGGAUGAGAUAGAUCGUCUAAAGCAGUUGAACAGGGAGUUGGAGGAGCGGCUAAGAAAGGUGGGCCAGAAGUCGUUAUCCAUUGAUAGUGCAGCAGAUGUUAAGGAAAGGAAAAGAUGUCAAAGGGGCGUAGCUUCACCGAGCCUAGAGGCCCAAACUGAUCCUGAUAUUGCCGCCCUCGUGAGGGAAGUUGAAAGGCUCCGGAGCGAACGGCGCAUUAUCGUCGAGACUAGUGCCGGUGCUUUAGAUGAAGACAGUGAUGUGGUGCGGUCGCUGGAUAAAAGAAUUAAUGACAUAUUAGAUCAACUUCGAGCUCACGGCACGGUUUCGUGUUCGAUCGCUGUAUGA